AUGUCGUCUCCUCCGGCCCCACCGGCUAAAAAACGGAAGAUGAACUUCUCCGAGCGGGAGGUGGAGAUCAUCGUCGAAGAACUUGAGCGGAGCAAGCACCUGCUCAUCAACCACUUCAACGCUGGCGUGCCGCUGACCGUCAAGGCCGCCGCUUGGCACAACAUCCUGCGACGGGUCAACGCGGUGGCCACCUGCCGCCGGGAGCUGCCGGAAGUGAAGAAGAAGUGGUCGGACCUCAAGACGGAGGUGCGGCGCAAGGUGGCCCAAGUCAGAGCCGCUGUAGAAGAUGGUGGCAAUGACCAGGAAGGAGGCGGGGAAGGCCAGGACGCGGAAGAAGACGCGACAGGGACCUCCGCUGCCCCAGUGAUUCUCACCCCCAUGCAGCAGCGCAUCUGUAACCUGCUGGGAGAAGCCACCAUCAUCAGCUUGCCCGCGGGAAGCUGCACCGGCCCCCAUACGUCGGAAAUACCCAUUACCGCUGCCGCAACCACCGUCACCCUUACACAGAUUCCAGCAGAGAUGACCUACCACAGUCUGGAAGACGGGGUGGUGGAGUACUGCACCACCGAAGCCCCCACCACCGUCGCCGCCGCCGAAGCCCCCUUGGAGAUGAUCGCCCAGCAAGCCGAAGUCUCAGCCAAGCCCCAGGAGCUGAAAAACAGGAUCGCUCUGAACUCCGCCAAGCUCCUGCAGGAGCAGCGAGUCACCAACCUCCACGUCAAAGAGAUCGCCCAGCACCUGGAGCAGCAGAACGACCUGCUGCAGAAAAUCCGCCACUCUCAGGAGAUGCAGGCCUGCGCGCAGGAACGCCAGGCCCAAGCCAUGGAAGGCAUGCAGGCCGCGCUCAACGCCCUCAUCCAGAUCAUGCACCCGGUGAUUAAGGACUUCCGGCGUUUCUUGCAGACCAACACCCCCGUCGCUCCUUCGGGGACCGCCGAUCCGAGCCAAGCGACCCAGAACGGACAGGACAGCCUCAUUCAAUGAAAUUUGGAUUCUAAACCCAGCCUUGCCCUGUUUUGUGGUUUAGAAGCCAAAAAAAAAAAAAAAACCCGCUCCGGA